AUGCGCUCCGCCGCGUCUCCCCUAGCGAGCGUCGGCGGCCGCGUGGUGGUUCACCACCCGGCCGUAGGCCUGGGCGACUCCCACCACGUCGUCUCCCUGACCUCCACUACGUACGGGUACUCCCUUCUCCCCGCUCAUCGCUCCUCCUUCCCCCCGCUGCCCCAUCCGUCGCCUCCUCAGGAGAAGUGCAUCCUAGAUUCUCCUUCCUCCUCUCCGAGUGCCGUUAUCGACGCCUGGGAGCUCAUGGACGGCCUGAACGAGGAGGCCUCACCGGUGAAGAAGCCUCCUCCCUCCCUCGUUGAGGAAGACCCCAAGAGAGGUGGCUCUGCGAGGCCCCUGUGGAUGCACCUCUCCGAGGAGUCACUCCUGGCGGACCUCCAUCCCUCCGUGGCAUCCGCUCUCCGGCAGUCCCCGGACCACUCCGCCGCCGCCUGCGGGCCCAAGGUCGUCUUCUACACGACGUCGUUGCGGGGCGUCCGGCGGACCUACGAGGACUGCCGCGCCGUGGGGAACAUCCUGCGGGGGCUCAAGGUGGCGGUGGACGAGAGGGACGUGUCCAUGGACUUGGCCUUCCGGCGGGAGCUGCAGGCCCGCGUGGGGAGAGACCUUCCCCCGCCGCUACCGCAGGUGUUCGUCGGGGAGAGGUUGUUGGGGGGCGCGGAGGAGGUGCGCCAGAUGCACGAGGCCGGCGAACUAGGAAAGCUCCUGGAGGGCGUGCCCCGGCAGGAUCCCCAGCUCGUCUGCGGCGCCUGCGGCGGCGUGAGGUUCCUGGUCUGCGGCAGCUGCAGCGGCAGCAGGAAGAUCUUCUCCGAAGAGGGGCAGCUGCGGCGCUGCUCCGACUGCAACGACAACGGCCUGGUCCGGUGCCCCGGCUGCUGCUGA